GCUAUGAUUCUUUCUGGAGGACCGUAUAGCCUCUCUGCCUUUACUUCCGAGGACCGCCUGACCACGGUUGGACUCUAUUCGCCGUCACCAUGUUCGGGUGCACACGCAUCCACGUCCACGGAUCAAGAUAUGACAUCGCGGCUGGAGAUGUUCCAAAGCUUUGACCAGGAUGGGCCUCCCGGUACUGAUCAGGGGCGCUCUGACAAGAAACCAAGGGUUCCCUCCGUCACAAAAGGCAAGGAUGCCAUUGUAAUUGUGCCUUCAUCCAUUGCAAAACGCAGGGCCGCUAGCCCCGCAGCCCGCGUCACCCGUAGCAUGAGUGAUAUUCCCACGGCGGGGAUGACUACUUGGUUACAAGGUAACCUUGAGUUACCUCCGCUCUUAUCACAGGUGAUCACGGCGACUGAGAAGGAGAAAAUUUCAACACUUGACCAUGCUGCUUUAGAGAAGAGGAGCCACCAUGGCCUGGCCGAGGUAACCCCCCCAUUUCCCCGUUACCUUUUAUUUAUGCAUCUCGUGAUACUAAUUUUUUUUUUUUUUGUAGCUACUGUUGUCCAUCUCCGAGGUGAACCGAAGGAAAGAUGAGCGCGAGAAAGAUUUGUCGCUACAACUCACCGAAUUAGCGAAGGAGGUGGCAUCGCUCAAGCUCGUGCGUGACUCACAUGCAGCCGAGGUCACUGCGCUUAAAGAAAUGCACACCGUGGAGUUGGCCAAUGCAAGGGGGCGGGCCGUGGAUGCAUACAAGAAUUCUCCAGAGUUCGUGUCUGAUCAGGAAGCAUACAUUAAUGCCCACUUGAACGAUAUUAGCAAGCAUUGGUUGUCUACUCCGGAAGGUCGUGAGAAACUGGCCUUAGAGAGCUACAUCUCCUACCAGAUCGGGAUAUAUGCCACUCAACAGAAAAUAUAUCAUAUCUUGAGGGAUAAGGCUGGUACCUCUUGCAUCACUGAUUGGGGACUUCCUCCUGAGGUUCCCAACCCUGAGAUCCCGGUAGGCAACACGCCCCUGGACUAUAUUCCUUUUGACAGACUCC